AUGAGUGACGACGGAUAUCCCAACUUCGGCAACGCAUGGACGUCCACCUCAUCGACGUCAGCAUCCAACUCCGCAUCGUGGAAUCCUGCGUUUCGACCUAAUACCGAUUCCUUGCACGCGCGAAAUACAUCUACUGCCUCAAACGAUGAUUUUUUCGAGCGUUAUCCUGGCCCAACCCCCGAAAAGAGCAGAGCACGGGCGCAAGAGCCUGUGGAAGAGGAAGCCGAGUAUGAGGAGCUGCCGACAGCUGCGCGCAAGAGAAGCAGUAUCGCUGUGCUGCAUACUAUCGAACGGCGUACAGAUGCUGCAACGUCGGGGGAUCUCUCACGCGUUCCGGCUGUAAAAUCCCAGGCCGAGGGUUCUCCAAGUCGGCGAGACUCGAUCGAUGCUGCGGAUGAGCUGUUGCAGCAGGGGGAUCCUGAGGAUGAUGAGGAAGAAGGGGCUAUAUUUCAUCCAAAUGAGACUGCAGUAGAGCAGGAGCACAGCCUGGAGAGCAAGCUGCAGGUACCGGGGGAACAUAUAUUCAUUGGUACACCAGGCACGCAAACUCCAAUGCCUCUCGAGAAGGACUAUGAGGCGGAGUUCGCAAAACACAACAGGUCGGAGUCGGGAUACGAGCAUCAGGGCGAGGCCUUGGAGAUGGAAGAGGCGAUAGACGAGGCUCCCGAAGCGCCGCUUUUGGAUGAUCCAGAGGAACCACCCACGGUCGAAACAUUGCAGCGAGAACCUAUCAUGAGGGCGGUCAGCGGAGAAUCUGUUCUAGACGAUGAGCGCGGCACGACAGAUCGACCGCUCUCGAAAGGCAGUGACCAGAUUGGGCACGUUCAGCGAAGUUUCACCACCAAUUUCACCGAGGUACCGGCACAAGAGAAAACACAAGAGGAAGUUCCAGAGCCAGUCGUUCCCAUGAGCGAUGGCUGGCCCUCGGCGGGAGACGACAAGACCUUUGGAGAGCUGCUCGGCGACAAACAAAUUGUCGCAAAUACAACUGCAAACUACAUUGAUGAGUUGCAUGUUGCGCCUGUGGACGAUGCUUGGGGAGCUGGUACGAGUGAUGAUGCGCAGCUGAUAGGGGCUGGAAGAACAUCCUCUUCUCGAGCAGAGCCGACCUCAAUUUUCGCACAAAAAGCGGAAGAGACGCCAGGAGUCGAAGCAUUUGUCAUAGCUCCGGAUGCUGAGCAAGAGGACGAUCUGGCGGCUAUGUGGCAAGCAGCACUGGAUGAUGAUGAUCUCUUGGAGGAAACAAAUGAUUUGGAUCCGUCUAAAUUCUUUGGUGACGAUGACCUUGACUUCCUCGAUGACGACCCUCUGCUCGAGCAUGAGGUCUCGGCAUUGGCACCAGCACCCGCGUCAACACAGCCAACACCCGCGCAAGCGCCCCGAACAGCCUCAUACGUACCCAAUGCCGCAGCUACAGCCGCAACUCAACCAUCGCAAUUGAAUCGUUAUGCCGCUCCUGGUCCUCAAAUUUUGGCUCAAAGCCAUGGCAGAACAGCAGGCACGCCCUCUACGGGUCUCUACGAUCUUUAUGGGCAAGGAGCGCCUCAGCAAGCGCAAGCAUCACAGAGACCAAGCGCCCAGUCUGCACAGAGCUUUGUUGACAAGGCGAAGGGAGGGUAUGAAUCGCCAUACGAUCUGCCCAUGGAGGUUGUGAAGCCCAGACAAAGACCGCGACCUGUCGCCGGUCCUCGAAGCAGCAGCAUAUCAGGGACGUCGGGCCAACAACAGUCAAGACCUCCGACUGCAGCUGGCCAGAAUUUCAUACAACCUUCAAGCUCAGGAUCCGUCCCCGCUGCGCCUCCACCAACAUCGACUACAGGUGUUGUCUCGGCGAAAUCAACUCCCAAGACAGAUGCAGGAUUUUUUGCUGAUCUCCCUUUCACCGAAAAACCUCGAGCUCGCGUCUCAGGCGCUUACACUCCCCAGCCCCAGAAUUCAUUCUCACCACCGGCCGGACCAAUGCCGCCUCGCGGGACUGCAGCACCUCCUGUCCAGCAUCCACAGAGACCCCAGGCUCCUGCGACACCUGCUCAGCAACAGCAAGUAUACGGAGGCCUGACUCGCCAUCAAGAGUCUUUGCCUCUCCUUCCAGAUCAGCCGACAGCAUCUGUCCAGUCACAACCGCCCGCAGCGCCUCCUCCAAAUCAGCGAUACUCUCCCAGCAAUCUCCCUGCACCAGCGCAGGUACAAAGUCGUUACUCUCCUGCGCCGACUGCGCAGAGCCAAGCUCCUGUAUCACGAUACUCGCCUGCGCCAUCAUCACAGGCCAAGAAAUAUGGUCCAGCUCCAGGAGCUGCUCCAGCGCCCCCUCCCUUCCAGCAUGCUCAUCCGUUCGCACCGCGAACGAGCAGUCCACUCGCCUUCCAACAGGACAAGCAUCAGGGUGGCAUGUCAGGCUCGCCGCCAAAGACUAUUGAAACUGGUUCGUCUGGAACUAUGUCACCUGAACGCUCCAUUAGCAUGAAUUACUCGCCAAUCGACCAGCGCACAGCAUCGAUUUCCAGUCUGGCUAGCCCUCCCCAACGGUCCGCAACACAGUCGCCUCCAAAUGUACGUCAGGUCCCACGAUACUCGAUGCAGUCACAAAUGGAUACACACGCUCAAGCCUCUGGUCUCAAUACUACGGCGAGUCGCUCAAUGCAUCUACCACAUCGCCGCCAGUUCUCGCGAGACAUCUCCUUCGCGGCCCCGCAAGACUUCCAUGCUGAAGACUCCUUGCAAAGAUGGAAAGGUGCUCCAGUCUUUAGAUGGGGUGAGUCAGGUAUGGUCGUUAGCUCCUUCCCUAAGCAGACGCCUUUCUACGCCGCUGGUGGAGCACCUACGAUCAAAUGCACGCCUGGUCCCAUCGCCGCCCAGUUGGCUACCACGUUCAUGCCAAUGGACGAGUGCAACGCCAAGUUCCCCGGGCCGCUUGCGGCGCGAGCCAAGAGUAAAAAGAAGGAAGUGCUUGUGUGGAUGUCGAAUAAAAUCGAUGACCUCGGAAGACGGAACGAGCACGCGAAGAAUGACUUCCAAUUGGAUGUCGAUGUGAAGAAACGCACCGAAGAGAAGUUACUUUUGUGGAAGAUUGUCAAAAUCUUUGUUGAGCACGACGGCCACCUUGAGGGCGACAAAAAGAUAGAGGACGAGAUUCGAGCGGUGCUUCUACCUGAUUUAGCUCAAAUGAGCCAGGUGAUGGAGCUUCAGAGCCCCCUUUCAAGCUCCACGACAGGGCUUCAGGCAGAUGUGGUCGACAAGACGGUUAUCUUCCAACUUCGGCAGGCUCUGCUCGAAGGCCAAAGAGAACGUGCAGUUUGGCUUGCGGAGGAGAAGAAGCUUUGGGGCCAUGCCAUGCUCAUUGCAUCCACUAUGGGCCCAGACAUGUGGAAGCAGAUCAUUCAGUCGUUUGUUAGAUCGCAGGUGAAGACCGUUGGAAGCGAUGCACGAAGCCUUGCUGCUCUAUACCAGGUGUUUGCAGGUAAUGCAGAGGAAUGCGUGGAUGAGCUGGUUCCGCCAUCUGCACGAGCCGGUUUCCAGAUGAUCUCAAAGUCUGAUGGUACAAUAAACGGCAAUCCUCUUGAGGGGCUCGACAAAUGGCGAGAAACUUUGGGCUUGGUUGCUGGCAAUCGCACACCUGCUGACGGGCAAUCGCUGCUCUCCCUGGGCAAGCUACUCGAUGGUUAUGGAAGAGCUGAGGCCGCCCAUACCUGCUACCUCUUUGCCAGACAAAUUGCCAAGCAUUCUGGCGCUGAUGAUGCCGAAGUCAGUUUUGUCAUUCUUGGCGCGAACCAUCACGGUCAACAAGAGAGCUUUGCGAAUGAUCUCGAUGCCAUCAUCUUGACGGAAAUCUACGAGUGGGCUACAUCGCUGUCUGCACCAAGCAGCGCAGUACACUACAUCCCGCAUUUGCAGUCAUUCAAGCUCAUUCAUGCUCAGGAGCUGGCCGCCUAUGGAUUGAAAGCUAAGGCACAGGCCUAUUGCGAUCACAUCACGAGCGCAUACACCUCUACGACACGGCCAUCGCAGUACUACCAUCCGACCUUCACCCAGUCGGUCAGCGAUCUCAGUGCUUUCUUGUCUCAGACGCCGCAAGCAGGCUCCUCCGGUCUGUUAUCUAAGGGCGCGAUGAACAAAGUGUCAUCGGGAGCUGCCAGCUGGUUUACCAAAUUUGUCUCUGGGGAUGACGACCAGGAUUCGACUGGUUCGGGCCCUGGUGCUGGCAGCGAAGAUAUGAUUAGCGGACCGUUCGGGCGAGUGAACGGGGAUUCCCCUGACCUGAGCCGGACUGCAUCGGGCACAGAUUUGUAUAACCCCAUGAUGGGAGGUGGCGGCCCUUACGCUCCUGCACAAGCAGUGGGAACAUCAUUGGGCGUCUCGCCUCAACAAGCGUUUGCGCCUUCUUCGGCUCCCAGCAAGUACGCGCCUGUGGCUGCGGCAAGCAAGUAUGCACCGAUGGCUGCUGGCGGCAUGGGUGCGGCAGCUCAGCGGCCAGCGUCACCUCAUCGACCUGCUUCUUCCCUUUCUGCAGUAAGCUACGCUCCAGCACCCGUGGCUCAAGCGUUGGGUGUGCCCAGACCGGAUGCAAACAGAGCGGCUUCGGAUUAUAGUGCAUCUUACAACUCAGCCACGAGGCGAGGAUCUGCGCCGUAUCCGGGCUCACAGAGCAUCUAUGAGCCGAGGCCAAUGCUUGCCGAGGAGACUUCCUCCUAUGGGUACCAGCCAGCGAUGCCGGACUCGCAAUCGCGGCUAGGAGAGGAGCAGCUCGACCCAUUUGCAAAGCCGAACGGAAUACGAGAACAUGACGAGUUCGUUGCCGAUGCCGAAGGCGGCGGGUACCAGCCCCCCAGUAUGAGUUACGAACCGCCGUCAUCAGGCGGCGGAUACGAGCCGCCUUCAUAUCAGCCUUACGAGCCCGAGCCCGAGCUUGCAGGUGACGAAGCGAAGCCCAUGCAGAAGAGCUUCAUGGAUGACGAUGAGAACGACGUGCUCGCCCAGCAAGCUGCAGCCAUGAAGAAGGCUGAAGCAGAUCGUGAAGCUGACGAAGCCUUCAGAAAAGCUGCAGAAGCUGAUGCAGAACGUGAUAAGGCCAAGUCUGGCGGUCAGAAGAAAGGCUGGCUCCCUAGCGUGGGCGGCUGGUUCGGUGGCGGCGCUAAGAAGGACGCUCACAUGCCUACAGUGCACAAGGCCAAGCUGGGCGAAGAAAAUUCGUUCUACUAUGAUGAGCAGCUGAAGAAGUGGGUGAACAAGAAGGGCGGCGCAGAAGCUGCUACUCCUGCUGCUGCCACACCACCUCCGCCUAAAUGCCCACCAGGCCGAGCUGUCAGUGCCGCGAUGGGCCCACCAUCUGGCCCGCCUUCAAGAGUUUCCAGUGGCAUUGGUCUCGCUGGACGACCCCCGCCAGGUCCCCCCUCUUCAAUGGGCGGAACACCUUCCGGUCCACCCUCUCGAAGCGGAACACCGGCUUCUGGAGACUCCGGGCUGCCGAUGCCUGCGGGUGUCGCUGCUCUCAAUGGUAGUGGGAGCGGAAGUAGGCCUCCUUCGGCCCCGCCAAGUCGGCCUGCCACGAGCAUGAGCAACGCUAGUAGUCUCGACGACUUGCUCGGUGGGCCGCCUGGACCCGGGCAGAGGAAAGCCGGCGGAACAGUCAAGGGAAAGAAGAAGGGUGGUCGAUACGUGGAUGUUAUGCAGUCGAAAUAG